AUGCCAUCCAAUGGUGUUUCCAAAACGUCGGGCUCAAAGCCAGACAGCAUUGAUAAGCUCAGAAAGGUGGCAGGGAACACUUCUCUGUCUUCACCGAAAUUGGAAAGUGCACGUCGACAAGCAAUCAUGUCCGAUGCGAAUCCAAGUAUGAGCACGAAGUCGUAUUCCGACGAAAGCAACUCAGACCAGACGCAACAGAAUGUCACUGUGGACGACAAUUCAACACCGCACCCUGAUAAGCCCAUCCGAUCGAUAGAGGGUGAUGAAGGUAAUGAGAUUGAGAUGACAAAUUUUGGCGCAAACCGCAAUGUCGACGACCAGCGAGAACCCACGCAAAACGGCUCAUUGGAUAUACAAAAUGAUCCAAACCAUUCUGACGUGCGAUCAUCGCGCGAGCAGAGUAUCGGUAGCCUAGCUGGGGGGCUUAGACGUUUGGCUAUUCUCGAUCCGCCUAUGAAAAAGAACAAAGGUCGCAUUACACAAAGUUCAUCUCCUGAUCCCAAUGAAGUUGUGGAUGGAUGGGGUACUUUGAGUAAUUCGAACUUCGUGAUUGUGCAAGAAGGUCCAACCGCCUAUGCCAAAUUCACAUUCAAAUGGAGACACGGAUACACCAACGGUAUCACUGCCAACAUCUCCGACAGUCACUUCCGAGUUACCGAUAUCGCAGAUUAUGUUAAUGGAAAAUGGAAAAAACGGUAUGGGAGGGGAAAUGUCGUCUGCUUCUCUGGAGCCGCAAUCCAAGACAAUGUUGCGCAAGAUUCUACACGUAGCCCAUGCUCGUGGUUGAGAGUCGAAUGGAGGGGUUUGGACGACGAUGACUUGGACUUGUGCAACAUUACAAAGAUAAAUGAAGAUUCGCAGGGACAUUCGUGGAUUCCAAAAGGCAGUGCCGCUCGGUUAUGCCAUGGGCCAGGGGGAGGGAACGAAAAGGUUAAAGAAGUUUGGGAUGCCCAGGAGAGGGACUACGUGGCCUGGGCCCAAAAGCAACCUCAAGGCGAAAACUGCAGUCGCUCCACCACGCCAUGUCCAUUGAACGACUCUGUGAUGCGGCUUCGGCAACGGAGAGCCACCCCUCGGAGGGCCACUUCGCGCUGGGAGACCCCUAAAAUCAGGGUUUCUUCUCCGGCUGAUGAUGGUCACAGUGCCCGUCCUUCGUCGCGGCGAAAUGACGUGGUAGGUACCAGGUCAAAUCUAGUCAGUCUUGUUGAGGACACGGAAAGCGUCGAUCCUGCUGCCUCGUCAAAAUUGCCAUAUACCACUACAUCGAAUGGAAGGAACAAUCGGGAUACACCCGGACAUGAGAGCCAGCCUCCCAUUCUCGAAAUCAGCUGGGCGGAAUUUAUUAAGGAACAAGGAAGCGAAAAAUGGGUGAACAUGGAUCCCUCUGAGAGGCAGAUUCAGGAAGUGAAAGCCUUGGCUCUUUAUAAAAUCUACAAGGCGACGAUGUAUCAGAACACCGAAAUCGUGGUCAGGGAUUUGGAUAGGCCCGAUAGUAAGGAGGAGGAUCUUUGA